AUGAAUCAAGGCUUCAGUGCAGCAAGCUGCGUCUCCCACCAGGGGCCUCGGUUUGUAUGGAUAUCAGAUGCCCUCCUCGCCGAUACCUUCAACCGAUUCUGUCACCACAAACGCUAUGGUAGCAGCGUUCCAGGACCGUUGGAAGCUCAACGUCGAGCCACGAAGCGAAAGAACACAAGCCUUGCGCGCUACGGCCAAGGAGGCGGACCCAGGUCUAUUGAUCCAUCACUCGUGCUUGGAAGUACUUCCCAGAUAAAUUGGUGGCAGCCGCCUGCGCCUGCGGAAGCGGAAGCAAGCGGGUCUCGCCUUCUGCCAUCUUGGCUGUUCUCCGAGUCCACUCAAGUUGCAAAAAAUGCGCAAAACAGCAAUCUCACUUCGGCGGAAGCAAGCGACAGGAAAACAGCUUUGCAGACGCGGCAAGGAUAUGUGGAAGAAGCACAGUUGGGGCAAUGUCGAAGCCUGGCCGAAAUACGUAUCUGGUUGAAAGACCAAGGACUCAAUAUCCGGGACAACGUCAGAAUCGGCGAAAGAAUAUCUCAGUAUCUUCUGACGGGGGACUUUGACGGGUCCGAGAUUGCCGCGUACCUAUGUGAUCCGGCUUUCCAUCCACCCGGGACUUCGUUUCAUCGACAGAUGCUUCCGACUCUACUGGCUCAGUCAUGGGAUUUUCGGUCCUGGCAUGCUAUCCGCCGCUCGUACUGCAAAGCUGCCGAACUGGGCCUCCUGGGUGUUGCGGAUCUGCGAGCCGUCAUUGCUCGAGUAGCGGAUGCAGGGCCCAUGACCCUGGUGAAAGACAACGGUGAACUGCAGAUUGUCAAAUCCAUUGAGAGAGAACAUUUCAUCCACGACAUGUUGACAUCUCUGGCUCAUUCUAGGGUCCUUACACUGGUUGAUCUAGGUCACGAUUUUCUUUCGCAUCUGCUGAGGAAGGUGGGAACCGCCAGACGGCUCACAGCUACCUCGCAGCGGAUCAUGUGGGACCUCUUGCCCUGGGCCUCCGCACGCGAUGCUCCUCUGAUCAGCCGGCUCAUUAUGAUGCAUCUCCGGACCCGAUGUCGUGAUGACCCCAGCGAGGAAGUUGGACAGAAGUUGGCGGAGCGUCUGUCGAGAGUUGAUCUGAGAGUCCUGCAGCUGGCUCUCGUGCAGAGCACACACGAGUUGGUCCGUGUCGCACAGGAGGAUCCAAAGUCGACUUACGUUUACCUUUUCUAUCACUGGACCGGAACUCUAGCGUGUUUGGGGUCGAGAAGAAACGGUCUGUCCCUGACGAAGGAUGUCUGGACUUCAUUUUCAACUACCGCAAGCACUCUGAGUGCCGAGCAACGCUUGUUGGUGUUUGCCUGGACCUCACUCUGUCUGGGAAAGCGUCGACGGACGUCCCACGUCCUCUCAGAGAGAAUGGAAUUCCUCGAGUCCUUCGACCAGACGAUUCAAUCUAUACUGGAACUGGCGGAUGACGGGCUUCUGCACCGUGCCAUCCUCACCCUUGGCAGCUUGCCCCUCCCCAACCAAACCAUACCCAUGCAGAAUCUGUCCAGACUCGAUGCCCGAGAUCGCCUUCCAAUCGUGCCGGAACCAGGAUCGGCGCCCGCGUUAGACGGCUUACAACGCCAGAGCUUCUCGCUCUUUCUCGAUGACGACCUUUACGAAGAUGCCCGCCUCAACCAUAGUGAUGUGCUCAGCGAAUUGGCCGAGUCACUGAACCAUGAUCUGCCUCUGUUCAAGACGUUGUCUCGGAGGAUGAUCCAGAAGAAUCCACUAUCAUUCGAGAUAAUCUCGAGAAUACUAGAAAACAAUCUCCCAUUCAAGCUGGCACUCUCUCAAGCGUUUCCGCAACAGCUACGGGCUGUGCAACGGCAGCUGCAACCCCCCCUAGAUGAGGUCCUCACCCAGGUCACCAGCUCGUCUUCGAGGGUCGGCGGCAAAUUCGACGCCCAAAAUAAUCUUCAGAAGGCCCUGGUCAACAUGCCUCAUCCAGAAGAAGCUCUCGACUUCCUCAACAAUCUUGCAGUCUGGUUUGCGACUUCGCCGGUCACGAGCCCUCGAGCCUCGCUACGGCGGGUCUACUGGUGCUACACCUUUCUUCAUCGCUAUGGCGGACCAAUACAACCCACCGUGACGCGAGCGCUGUGGCACGUCGCCGUGACCCGCUACGGAGAGUCGGGCACUUCGAGGACGCUUUUAAGGUGGGUUCUGUGGCAAGUCAAACAGACCGAGGGAGAGAGCGUGGCACGGACCUUGCUCUGGAGCCAAUCUCUCCGAGAGCGGUGGCAACAACACUUGGAAGACCUGGGGAGGGUCGACUUAGGGGAGGAGAAACAGCUCCUGGCAGAGUUUGCGUCCGGCGAAGACGCCGACCGCUCGCCAGAUACGCCAUGUGUUCCCGCCCAUCUCGAGACUCUGCGGAAGAUUCGUUUCGCCAGGACCGAGCCGGAAGAGCGCAUCUUUUUCUUCGAAAAGACAAGAAGAAGAGCGGACUGGGAGAGGUUCCAGGCUAAGCGUGCCAUGGCCUCGAAGAGGAGCUCGGACGUCGAUGAACGUGCCUUGGCCCGCUGA